UAUAUGUACAUCAAACUUUUCAGCAAAGAACGACUAAAUACCUAAGUCGAACCAUCUGAUCUUGUUUUACUUAUUAUUACGCUACAUUAUAAAUGAAUUUUGAUUUUAAGUAAUCGUUAUGUUAGGUUUAAGUGGCCCCGGUCUGAUCACAUUUUUAGCCGGACUUUGGCUUAUCCCUAUACCAGUGACAUUUUUCGGUUAUACAAUGUACGACCUGUACGAUCCGGAGGGAAGGCCUUUCAUCACGACGGAGCUAGAGUUGUUAGCGCAGUAUGACGUUAUCGUGGUGGGGGCAGGAUCAGCAGGCGCAGUGAUCACUAACAGACUUUCAGAAGUUAAGGAAUGGAAUGUACUCCUUCUCGAGGCUGGUGUAGACGAACCAGAAAUGAUUUCCAACGCUCCUGCGCUCGCUGCUUAUCUUCAACUCUCCCCUGUCGACUGGCAGUACAAAACUGAGCCCAUGCCGACCGCAUGUCUCGGUCUGGAAGGGGGGCGGUCUAACUGGCCGCGUGGAAAAGUUCUCGGAGGCUCUUCCGUCCUCAACUAUAUGCUCUACGUUCGUGGAAAUAGGCGAGAUUAUGACCAGUGGGAGGAGAUGGGUAAUCCUGGCUGGGGAUAUGACAAUGUGCUCCACUACUUCAAGAAAUCUGAAGAUAACCGCAACCCCUACCUCGCUUACUCCCCUUAUCACUCGUCCGGUGGCUAUCUCACCGUCCAGGAAUCCCCUUGGCGCACCCCUCUCGCCACCGCUUUCGUCGAAGCGGGCGAACAGCUCGGCUACAUUAACCAGGAUAUCAACGGGGAGAGUCAGACCGGCUUCAUGGUGGCGCAAGGGACGAUCCGGAGGGGUUCGCGGUGUUCCACGGCUCGAGCCUUCCUACGGCCCAUACGGCUCAGACCGAACCUUCAUGUCGCAAUCCAGGCUCACGUGACCAAAGUAAACGUCGACCCUGUGAGUAAAAGAGCGUGGGGUGUGACCGCUUUUAUUGGUGGGAGAUCGCGAGUCAUUCUCGCAUCGAAGGAAAUUAUCCUCUCUGCGGGGGCGAUUUCAUCCCCGCAACUUCUCAUGUUAUCCGGAAUCGGGCCAAAAGAUCAUUUAACCGAGAUGGGAAUUCCGGUCAUACAAGACGCUCCAGUCGGAGAGAAUUUACAAGAUCACAUCGGUUACGGCGGCCUUGCCUUCACCGUUGACCAGCCCGUGACCUUAGUGUCGCCACGGUAUGAGAAUUUAGAGGCUGCUUUGGACUACAGUCUAUAUGGAGAUGGACCUAUCACUGUGCUCGGUGGGGUCGAAACGCUGGCUUUCGUCCACUCAAAAUACUCAAACGUCUCUCUGGACUGGCCAGAUGUCCAAUUUCAUCUCAUUCCAGCCAGCGUGGCUAGUGAUGGUGGGGUUACACUCCGACAUGCCCUGGGGGUCAGUGACUACAUGUGGAACUCUGUCUAUAAGGAGCUCUCCUACCGAGACACUUACACCGCCCUGCCCGUCCUCCUCCGCCCCAAGAGUAAGGGCCUCAUUCGCCUCCGAUCUGCCCACCCAUUCGUUCACCCGUACAUCUACCCCAACUACUUGGCCCACCCUGAUGACGUCGCAGUGCUCGUGGAAGGGAUAAAAAUCGCCCUCGCGCACUCCGUAACUCCAGCCAUGCAACAGUUCGGAGUUCACCUGCAUGCAAAACCAUACCCUCAGUGUGUUCAGUUUGGUCCCUUCACUGAUAACUAUUGGGCCUGCUGUGCGAGACAUUAUACGAGCACGAUUUACCAUCCUGUCGGUACGUGCAAAAUGGGACCAGUCUCCGAUCCCGAGUCAGUCGUGGACUCUCGCCUUCGUGUCAUUGGGAUUCACAAUCUACGCGUGGCUGACGCCUCAAUCAUGCCAAAAUUGGUGAGUGGAAAUACAAACGUCCCAGUAAUUAUGAUUGGUGAAAAGGCAAGCGACAUGAUUAAGCAAGACUGGGGAAUUCCAAUCAAUCCGAUCGAACCACCACCACCACCAAAAACCACUCAUGUCUGAAGAGUUUUCCCAUUAUUUGCUCCCUUUUCAUUAAAUUGUUACUGUUAGUUUGAUGAUGAUAAUAGUUUUCUGCAUACCGAACUUAAUUACUAGUCCAAUAAUAAAAAUAAAAUGGAGGAAUUAAUUAAUUAAUUACCCAGAAUGGCA